AGCUGGCGGGAGGAGGAGGGGAUUAAGUUUGUGUGUGUAUGUGUGUGUGUGUGUGUCAUUUUAAGGUGGAUCUCAGGCAGCCAGAGCCCUGGAGAGAGAGAGGCGGCGAUCGAUAAAGGGAGCGAUGCAGCGCUGAGAGGAGGAGGGCUUUGCUCCCUGUGGAUAUUUGGAGCCAAGGCAGAGGGUUUAUUGUGGCGUUAUGCACUCAGACUCCUGUGAAUUUUCCUGACUUCUUGGAGGACUGCUUUGCUUUUUGAAUCAGAAAGUUACAAAAUACAGUAAAGAAUGGCACUUGUGGAUAAACACAAAGUCAAACGACAGCGAUUGGACAGAAUUUGUGAAGAAGUCAAUUGUUUCUUUCCAAUGCCGAUUCCAAGUAAGCAUACCAAUAUCGGUCGUUCUCAGAGCUGGGAUGCUGCAGGAUGGUAUGAAGGCAACUGGGAGAAUGAAAGUGCAUUUGAAUAUCAGAGACCAACAGGGAGGAGAAAUUCACUCUCUUACAGUGGAGAAGGAGGUUGGUAUGAGCAGCCAAACCAUAGACCGCAUGAUAUCAUCUUGCAAGGAGGUGCUGAAUUGAAGCAAGAGCCGUACCCAUAUCAGGAUCCAGUUUUUAACCAGGGUCCCUUACGGAAGGGUUCUGUUCCUGACUUUACUUACUACGACAGACAGUCUACAAUGUCUGGACGAAGCUCCUUGCCAGCUCAGGAUUAUUACAGUGACCCAUCUUUAGCUGCUAGAUCACCUAAAGAUCCACGCUACUAUAGAGACCACAUGAUGAAUAGAUCAUUACCGAAUUAUGGGAUUCCCAGUAGCAGAUUGGCUUGGGAUCAGGUACAAGGACGAUCACCUGCCCCGCACGAAGCCAGCCGUGUGUAUAGGGAUCCCAUGAGUAAAAUGAUCCAAGAGGGGCAGAGAAUGCGAAACAGAGAUCCUUCUCCUGCAAGGUAUGGUGUUGAACCACUCACCCCUAAAUAUGGAACAGAACCACCAUCCUUUCCCAACAGGCAGAUCUAUGGUGAUACAGCAGAGAGACCGAUAGAGUCCGCAGCUGCUAGGCAAACUACUCCAACGUGCUUGGUAGUUGAUCCAAAUUCUGCUUCUGUUCCUGAUGGGAGCAUAGGUCCAUCUGCCGUUGCUAUAAAUCGUGGUUAUGGCCCCAUCAGGGAAAAUGUCAAUGCAAAGGUUCCUUAUGAUAGUUAUGACACUGCCAUGACUCCUUCCCAAGCUCAGAUGCCUGCGGCUUUCCCAGGACAAGACAUGAAAAGAAACUUUGAUCCAGAGUUCCUCGGACUUCUGCGUUCAGAAGGUGUAUCUGAAAGCACAUUCAAUGCUUUGGUGCAGCAAGGGUUUGAUUCUCCCAGCCUGCUAGCGAUGAUGGAAGAGAACGAUAUAAAAUCUGUGGCUCCAAAUCUUGGACAGGCAAGAGUGCUUUCCCGCCUUGCCCAUAACUACAAAACAGAAAUGCACCUGCAAAGGCAUGAGAGAAAGAACAGCGUACUCCGUCCCAGGACCCGAUCCAACAGCUUUAGCCAUCGAAGUGAACUGCUACAGAAUGAAUAUGGCAUGCACCCUACUACUGGUCCUGUUGUGGAUGGCAUAACUAUGCAGCAGCCACUUCCUCCUUCUUUACAGCCAGUAUCACCAAGAGUAGGGGAGCUAAACCGUCGCCCAUCCAGUGCUCCAACACAGCACCUUCUGGAAACUGCAACUUAUUCUGCAUCUGGAGCAGCACAUCAGGGGGCUCAUUUUCUACCUAAUUCUGGAUACAGCACUCCUUUACCGUGCAACAUGCACACUCGUCCAGUGUCUGCCUAUUCGGCUCCAACUGGAUUACCAGUGACUACCGUGCAGAAUAACCCACAUGCAAGUUCCAAAACGGCAUAUCCAACCUCUUACACAGUGCCCAUGGAGCUGAUGAAGAGGGACCGAAAUACAUCCAUGUCCCCAAUGCAUAGCCCACACAGCAGCCCUCAGCUUCUCCGAAAGCAAGGAGCCCAAAUGGAUUCCACCCUGACACUUGCUGGCCCGAGUUUUCAUAUGCAACAUUCUCCUUAUCAGAAACUCACCAGACGCACUGGACCACCAGUUAUUGUCUCGACUAUGGCGUCGCCUGAACCAAGUAUUCGCCCACAAAUAAUGAAUGGCCCUAUGCAUCCUCGUCCUUUGGUGGCUUUGUUAGAUGGAAGGGACUGUACCGUGGAGAUGCCAAUUUUGAAAGACUUGGCUACUGUUGCAUUCUGUGAUGCGCAAUCAACUCAGGAGAUUCACGAGAAGGUAUUAAAUGAAGCAGUUGGGGCGAUGAUGUACCACACUAUCACCCUCACCCGAGAAGAUCUAGAGAAGUUCAAGGCCUUAAGGGUUAUUGUUCGAAUAGGCAGUGGUUAUGACAACAUUGAUAUCAAAGCUGCAGGGGAGCUCGGGAUUGCUGUCUGCAAUAUCCCAUCUGCAGCUGUGGAAGAGACAGCAGAUUCCACCAUAUGCCAUGUCCUAAACCUCUACAGACGGAACACUUGGCUGUAUCAAGCACUGAGGGAAGGGACCCGGGUGCAGAGUGUGGAACAGAUACGGGAGGUGGCCUCGGGAGCGGCUCGGAUCCGAGGAGAAACUCUCGGCCUCAUUGGAUUUGGUCGCACUGCGCAAGCAGUUGCAGUUCGAGCCAAAGCAUUUGGAUUCAGUGUGAUAUUUUACGACCCAUACCUGCAGGAUGGAAUAGAAAGGUCUCUAGGCGUCCAGCGAGUCUACACACUCCAGGACCUGCUCUAUCAGAGCGACUGUGUAUCAUUGCACUGUAACCUUAACGAACAUAAUCACCACCUUAUCAAUGACUUUACGAUUAAGCAGAUGAGGCAGGGAGCAUUCCUAGUAAACACAGCACGUGGCGGGCUUGUGGAUGAGAAAGCCUUAACUCAAGCCCUGAAAGAAGGAAGGAUACGAGGAGCAGCACUUGACGUGCAUGAAUCAGAGCCAUUUAGUUUUGCUCAAGGCCCAUUGAAAGACGCUCCUAAUUUAAUUUGUACUCCACACACUGCUUGGUACAGUGAGCAGGCAUCCCUAGAGAUGAGAGAGGCUGCUGCUACUGAAAUUCGUCGUGCAAUCACAGGUCGCAUCCCAGAAAGCCUAAGAAACUGCGUGAACAAGGAAUUCUUUGUCACAACAGCUCCAUGGUCAGUAAUAGAUCAGCAAGCACUUCAUCCAGAGCUCAAUGGUGCCACAUACAGAUAUCCACCUGGCAUGGUCAGUGUCGCACCUGGAAUACCUGGAGACAUUCCUGUUACCCACAAUCUUCCAACAGUGGCACAUCCUUCCCAAGCUCCAUCUCCUAACCAGCCCACAAAACAUGGGGACAACAGGGAGCACCCUAAUGAGCAAUAGCAGCUAAUUUUAAAAAAAUUAGUCAAACUUGGGACCAAGAGACAUUGGAAAGAAGUUAUACAGGAACUAAACAUGGAAUUUGAUACAAAAUUUGUUAUGUUGAUUUUGGACCGAUGCAUCAUUGAUGUUCCAGUGUUAACUACAAUGCGAUAGCAGUCAAGACUGGGGAGAAAGAAACCCUGAAGAGAUCACCUGCACUGAAGUGCUGACAACUAGGAUGAUAUACAUUAAUGAUCAGCUUUGGUUACUGUGUGUUAAGUUUCCUUCAUCUGUGCAUCAAUCACAAGAAUAAAAUAGAAUUCCCCUUCUCAACCUUUGGGAAUAACAGGGCCUAUUUACCUGCAUUUACAACAUUGCAUUAAGCUAACCUGAAAGAGUUAACAUAAGAAAUUUAAGAGGAAACCAUCAUGUGGCUUCAGCCCUUUCUUUACUCACUUGUCUGGUUACCUCUUUUUACUGGAGGAGGAAAUACUGGCAUAGAGAUGAGGAGAAAAAUUUUCUUGUUGCAGUCCUAGCUGGCCAGUACUAUAUUGAAAGUUCUCUUAAUAAAAGUUUAAUUAUAGCCAUUCAGGCCAGGAAGGGAAGAGGGAAAGUGUCAAAUAACACUCCCCUUCUAAAACAUCACAGUAGAAAUGUCUCUCUCAUCUGACCGAUACACUGAAUAAAGUAGCUGUAAAUUCAGUUAUGGCCCCCUAGUGAUGCAAAAAAAAAAAAAAAAUAUUAAGUUUCACACACUAUUUGUACUCAAAUAUAUUUUCUCAGUUUUAAAUCUGCAGCUAUUUUAUCGAGUGCAAGCGUCUUGAGCUGGAAAGGGUUCAAGAAGAAUAAUGUUGCAUUUCCUUAUGUCUCAGGAAACACUUUUUAUGGUAACUUGUCAGACUGUCUAUGAACAAACCCACUUUUUUAGACAUUGAUAAGAGUCUUCUUUUCUUCACGUGAUAUUUUAUACAAGAACACUUCAAAAUGUGUUAUUAGAUGUGACUGAUUUUAACAAAUCCUAUUAGAUUUGUAUCAACUAGUUACAUGUUAUAUUCAUAGUCUUUUGUGAAUCAUCGCCUUUUUUGUUUAAAAAGAUGGCCUAUUUUGAGCCUUUGUAUGGGGGGGUACAUUCCUGUUUCUGUGACAAAAAAAAUCUUAACUGUCCCAAACAGAAAGAACAAUGGCUAUCAGAAGUAUGUUUUGCUUUAGUGUGUUACCGUUAUUGUAUUUGUUUAUUGUGAAGGUGGACAUUUAGCGUUCAGUGCAGUUUUCAAUAAAAAAAGUGAUAAAAUUUCUAUAAUUUUCUGAAAUGUAGAGCCCUCAAUGCAAUUUUAAGAUGCUUUCAAAUAGAAACUCUAUGAAUGUAAAGUUAUGUCAUAACAGUAUUAAUACUAGCCUCUAAGACAUGGCUGUACAACUCUACUGAAAAAGGACAGAUCCUCUGCUGGUAUAAACUAUCACACCAACUAAGGAUCUAAACUGCUAUGUUUCUACACUACAUAUUUAUAAUUUAGAAAUGCUGGAGAAACUCAAGUUUAAUCUUUCUGAUUCAUUAGGAGAUUCAAUUUUAAAAAACCCUCCGUGUGUUACCUUCUGCCCCAUGACUUUUCAGAAAAAUAGGCAUUUGGGAUACAUACUCUUGCUGAUAUUUCAAUUUGUGCAACUUUCAUUUAACCUGCAUAUUAAAGAAACUCACCAUUGCCUCACUGUGCUUUGGGACAAGCUUGGCUGUACAACCAUUUAGUAAGGCUUAACACUAACCUACACUAGACAAAAUGCUAGCAAGUUUCUGGAGAAUCAAGCUUACAGCUGACUGAGCAACACUAAUGGCAUCAAGUUUCACUGCAUGGAAGGACUACUCUUAUUAUGGCCUUGCCCUUUUAAAAUUAAUUAACAGAAUACCAACAUCCACUUGACUAUGGGAAGCAAAUAACUGGAUGGGAAAACAUCUGAAACCAAAAAGUUUCUAAUUACAAAACUUUGUAUUUUUGUUUUAAAUUAAAUGGAAAGCUAUUUACCAGCUUCAAACAUGUUACAGAGAGGUCAUACUUUUCAUAGCUGUCACUCUCCUUUUGUCAAUGAUUUAACAAAGUAUGAAUUAUUAUUCACCAACAGCCUAGAGAAACCAGGAUACUACAACAGGUUAAUUAGAGAGAGGACAUUUGGAAAACAUGAAAAUGAGGAUAAAACAAGAGAAAUCAUUUAAUUCAUAUUGUCAAGGUUUGAAGUGACUAUUUUAAAAAUAACUUGUUGGUACUGUCAUUGUGUUUUAAAAUAAGUAGUUGCAUUUCAGAUGGAUGUAAAUACUGUACUAUGAAACAGAAUAAUUUGUGCCAGUAGUUCCUAGUGCAUCCAUUGCCAGCAGUGGAAUUUGAACCUGGAAAAUAAGUGUCCCAGCACAAAUCUUGCAGAAAAUGGUAGAUGCUGUAUGCUGUCAUCCAGUACUUAUGAAAAAUAAGACCAGAUGCAAAUCAGAGCAAACUUAGACAAUAGCUUCCAAUUAAGUUUUACAGUUCAACAAGAACUAAAAAUGAAUUUAAAAAAAUCCAAACGUUACAGACAAAGUAUCAUAGUAACAGGCUUCAGUUUAAAAACAACACUGUACUUCUGGAGUUGUGACCAGUACAGAGGGAUUCAACUGUCUGUAGUGCAAACACCAACAAAAUACACAAGGAAUAGGUGAGAAUGUGUCCACCCUAACUUAAGACAUAUUACUGGGUCCAAAGAAAUAUGACAGUGGUAUGCUGCAAGUUUUUUCAGACUGAAAAGUUAGUAUGCAAGGGAAGGAGAGAAUAAUGUAUGCCAAAUAGCUGCUCCUCAAGAUUUGUGGCUUUUUCUUUACCUGCAAGCCAGUUUACUGCUGCUUUUGUACUAAUACAAGGAAAGAUGGGGGCUCAUCCAUCAAUCAAGGACAAUGUGAAGCAGAGUUUAUCACAAUAUAGACUGUGGAUAAAAGUGGCCAAAGUGCCACUACUUCAUACAGUAAAGCUCACAAAAGUUACUUCUCAAUUAAAACAAGAAUUCUGCAUUCUUCAAAAAUGCUCGGCAAUACUACUUCAUUAACAAAGUAGGAAACAGUCUAGGAAUGCUGCUUAAAAGCUAUGCUAUAGCAGCACUCCAGACGAUUUCAGCAGACUUUGGUUUAAUAUAUUAAAACAAAAGCAACACAGAGAUUAAGUCUAUUAGAAUUCAUGAAUAGUCAAAGACAAUUCCCAAAUGCAGCAGGGCAAGAGUUUGAAAUAAAAAGCCAAAUAUUGUGCUAUUAUGUCUUCACCACUAUGCCAAAUGGUAAAUUUAAUAUCGAUUGGGUCAAUAUAGGACUUCCCCACCAAGCCUUCAAGUAUGUUAUAUGCCGAGAUUAAUGUACAUUGGCUUGCGUGCUGGGAAAAGGCCAACUGAUUACCCUUUCAUCUAUUGUAAUGCAUGCAAGUGCACAGUCAUCAGAUAAAUGGGGUGGGGCUUACCUAGGGUUUUUUGUUUAAAAGUCUCACUUAAUUUUGAAAACACAAUGAGGCAUGUUAGCCUGAACCUGUCAUUUACAGAUUAGAAGCAAGCAGUAAUGUUUAGCAAAACUGUACAAAAAAUAUCAAAAGUGUCAAUCCAUAACAAAAGGGAGGCAUAGAUAUUAGACAGUAUGGGGUUUGGUUUGCUAUUUAAAUCAAAAGCUGUAAUUGAUUGUAUAGUAAACGGACAUUAAACUAAAUUUCAAAAUGAAAGGAUGCGCAGUUCCUCCAAGUCAGUCAAAUUUGGGUGCAGUCCACCAAUGUUAGAGGAAAGACAAAUCUUGCUUUUGCAACAUCUUUCAAAAGGAAGGUAUUUGAAUCUUGCUUCAUAUGACUUGCAGCAACAGCCUGUCAUGUGGGGGAAGAUAAUCAAUGAAGUAAAGUGUUACCUGCUAUUUGUGUGUUUGUCAAUACCACUUCACAGAGCAUACUGAAAUGAAUGCAUGAGCUCUUAACUUACUUAAAUUAUCCACUGCUCAAGGUACAUGUGGAUUUCACUGUAAAGUAACAACAACAGCUUGGAAGAAUGAGGACAAGGUAUUAACUUUCCUCACUACAACUUAGAAAGCAAACUGAAAUCAAUAUUAUAUAAGAUAGAACCUGUUCACUAUCUGUGAUUCUUCUAUUUUCACUCAGGUAAUUCAUACAUAUACUGCAAAAAACAUGCAUUCUGUUACCUGAAAAUCUGUGCAUGCACCAAUCAAAGGAAACCUAGUGGCCAAAAGCUUGAAGACACAGUUCAUAAUAAACUUCAAUGAAAUUGGAGAGGGAAAAAUUGCUAACUUAAUACAGCACUUCAUUAUUUCUAUAUGUUUGGUGUUUUGUCACCAAGAUUAUCUAGGAGUUGUGCACACAUUUCAAUACCAUCGAAGCAGCAUGUGGAAGAAAAAGCAGCAAGUUCUUUAGUGUUUCCAUGGCCUUAAACUACACAAAAAUAUGCACUUUAUGGAUCUUCUUUUGAAAUUCUAGGUCAUCUACUGCAAAGCUCCCUGUUCACCCACCACGCAUAGUUUUCAAAGUGCUUAUUAAAGAAGAUCUGAAUUGCAUUGUAAAAAACUGGCAUAAACCUUCAGUGUUUCUAAGCAAGGUUGGUUUCAGAUAAACUUUACCCAUAAACUACAUGGCUAAAUUUAUCACAAUAAAAUUUCUACUGAUGAAUAUAUAUGCUGGACUUAAUAUGUUAAGUAUGGCCACAAGUGUCAACAUGCAAGAAAUUCCCGGAUUUACAUAGAGAAAUAUAAAAUACAGUGCUUUGCUUUAAAAAAAAAAAUCACUUUAGAAUGAAGGUUUUUGUUAACUAUUAAAGCUGCCAUGUUCUCACAAAUUUAAAUGAUCAGGGAUUGUCCCUAGUAAAAGGUAGUUUUCACUUGCAAUGUUUAACUAGGGUGAAAGACUCAUAGUAAAAUUGUGUACUGUACAUGUCACAGCAAGACUGGGUUUGGACAAUAUGAAAUUCUCAAAUCACAUUUGAGUUGGUAACUCCACACAAUUGUUUAGUAUGUAAUCUCUGGAACAACAUUUUUUUCUAAAUAAAUAUUUGAAGCAUACUGAGAGACUACUCUUAAGUGUUACAAAGUGAAAUAUUAAUGGAGAGCAGAAAGGAUUUUUCAGAAAACAGUUAUGUUCAUUCAAUGAAAAAUGUAGCUCUUCUUCAGUUUGUUCCUUAAAGAUUUGAUUUUAUUAUAAUGGGCACAACAGUAACUAAAAUAAUAAAAUAAUGAACUUGUUUGUACUUCUGACUUGCUCUGGAUAAUUUGUGCAAACAAAAAAAAA